UGGUGGAGUGAUCGGACGGAUGGACUCUUGAAUAAAAUUCAUUUUCAAGGCUAGAAUCAAGUUCAAAUGCUUCCCAUGCAUGUCAUUGUUUAGUGUGGUAAACCACAAAAAAAGUUCAACUUAAAUUCAACAAAAAAAAAUGUUGAUUUCUUUUGAGACACAGGGCACAAAGGCGUGUUUAAGACCCUCCCCUCCCCACAUCUCCUCAUCUCCUUUUUUUUUUUUACAUUUCUUUUUAACAAUAUCAGUGUGACCCUCAUCCUGCCUCUGCUGCAACAUUGCACUGGUGAGUUCACUUUUCACUCUUCUACACUUGGACUACUGUCAGAAAUGAGAUGUGAUUUAAUUUUGAUUUCGUUCAGGACUAAUAUUUUCUUUGCACAGCAAAAAAAAAAAAAAAGAAAUGUACUUAAUACAAUGUUUAUUGGGAAACACAUCGCACAUAACCAACAUCUGCUGGAUCCAAGAAGCUGAAGAUGGAAAAAAUCAAUCGAUGCCUGAAACUCUGCUUUCUCAUCUAUAAUGCUGUGAUUGUGUCCAUUGGAUUGGGGAUGACUGUGAUAUUGAUCAUCAUUGCUAUAGUAACACAAUUACCGGUGGGAGUCUCUGUGUUGCUCUGGAUAUAUGUCAUCAGUGUUUUGGCUAUUAGCAUUCUGGGUCUACGUGCAGGACGCAAGGAGAAAGGACUCUUGCUGAAAAUAUUUGCAGGCGUAAUAAUGGCGGCGCUGGUGGCCAAUCUUGUUUUGGGCUUCAUCGUUGUAGCCAGACAAGCUCAGGUUUAUGGUCCAAAAUCCCAACUGUGGGACUCCUGGAUGCAGGAAGAGCUUAUAUGGCGCCAGGAAUAUGAGAAAUGCUGUGGAAUUCUGGGUGCCAGUGACUGGGGCUCACAGAUCCCUGAGAGCUGUGAUUGCAGCUACAACUACUACUAUGACUAUGGAUCUGAUUGCAUAGAUGCACCAGUGGGAAGUUACGGUCCAAGACGAGUCUACAGGGAGGGGUGCGGCUUUCACUCUGCACACGCACGCAUGUUUGAAGCAGCCAUGGGAGUCUGCUUUGGCACGGCAGCCAUCUUUCUGUUGGAUUUUAUAAUGGCCCUUGUCAUGAUAAAGCAAGUGAAGCAUGCGGACGUCACUGCUCCAGUCCUUGACGAGAGCGCCGAACCCCUACCCUCAAGCAGCGGCACGUGUCCUGGAGUCUCUGUGGUCCACAUAUAAAUCACUGUCUUGCUUCAGCCAAUCUGAGGGCCAAAUAUUGUUUUCCUCAGCUGCUGUUCUUGCCUGGAAUUUUAGAUGAAUUGUACGGUUUAAGGCUUUGUAGCUAUAGAGGGUAAACUCUGCAUUAUAUGGCAUUUUACAGAUGAUACAUAUUAUAAACAAUCAGGAAACUUUUAUCAAAAGUAUUCAAUGUGAAUUAUAUGAAUAUGAAAACACUCUUCUUUUGUAAUUCCUUGAUGAUUUCUGAGUAAAUGCAUAUGGUUGUUUUUUUUCUAAUGAAUUGUAAUAAAAGGAUGUUCAUCGUGUUACGCCAGUCAUGACAUGUCGCAAAUACCAUGACAUCUUGCC